UUCUUGGUUUAGUUCUUAGAUCUUUUCGAACUUUGUUUAGUCGUAGAUAAGAACCUUAUUAAAACAUCAAAGGAAACGAAAAAAAGUUGAAUGACGUAGGUGCAUCGACGUCCAAUCGUAGCGCAGGAUGCGAGAUUCUCUCGUCCAAUCCCAUCACAGAACUCUGUACCCCGUAUCUUAGCAACGGUGCGCCUCGGUCACAAAGUGUAGUUUCGUGUCGAAUAAAACGUUUUGAUAACGUUUUGAAUUAUAAACUUGCACCUAAUUUUGUGCACCUACAGGGAGGAUUUUUAAGUCAAUACCUUUCUCUUAUUUAGUAAAUGGUAUUUAGUGACCUAACAAACACUUGCUCGGAUGUUUCUUUACUUGUAGUUAGUUAGCACUUUAACACUAAGAGACAUGGCAGAAGUGGACAGAGAGGAGACUGAACUCAUCAGGGAUAAUGAUGAAGGACAGCAGGUGGAGGAGGAGGGGAAAAAACCCAGGGAGAGGAAAGAAGAAGAAGAAGAAGAAGAAGAAGAAGAAGAAGAAGAGGAAGAGGAAAAAGAGGAAGAGGAAGAAGAAGAAAAAGAAGAGGAAGAGGAGGAGGAAGAAGAGGAAGGAGGAUCUGGACCGUCCAGUCAUGUGCACACAGCUACCUCACUGCCCCUCAGCCCUGAACAGGAGAAGCGCCUAAUAACUCAUCCUCUGACUCUGAAUUGGGCUUUCGGGAUAAACAAGACUCUCCCUGUCUUCAGCCUCUUGGAUCAAGACAGACUUGCCAUCCUGUUUGCUUGUUCACAUGUAGCUGUCAUAUAUGACCACACGUCUAAUUCACAACAUCUGUUACAAGGUCACUCCAACCCCAUUUCUUGCCUGUGCGUCAGCGAGGACAGACGCUGGAUUGUGAGCGCUGACAAGGGUCACGAUAGCCUUGUGAUCAUAUGGGACUCAUACACAGGGAUCCCUGUUCACACCAUGUUUGAUUGCCAUCCUGAGGGCGGUGUCGCUGCUGUGGCAUUGUCUAAGGAUUCAAAAUACCUGGUGACUGUUGGAGCCGGUACAGUGCAGAGGGUUUGUAUCUGGGAUUGGACUAAUGAGAAUGAAGUUCCAGUGUGCAAGGUUGACAUCAGCCCAGAGCUCGGUUGCCAGAAACACAUCAUAUUCAACCCUACUGACAGCUGUCAGCUACUCAGUAACAGUACAAGUCAUGUCCUCUUUUACACCUGGGAUAAAGAAACUAUGCGAUAUGAAGCCCCUGAAAUCUCCAAGACAUUCAUGGGGGAAGUGGGUUGCUUAAGUCAGACUGUUUUCCAUGUUGGAGGCAUGCAGGCUUUAACAGCUACACUGACAGGGAAUAUGUUGGUGUUGGAUGUGCUGAGGUCAGGUACAGGCCAUCGGCAUGCAAUAAAACCCACCAAAUUAAUUUCACUGCAGAAGAAUGGGAUUACUGUAAUGACAUGUUGUGACAGCUUUAUUGUGACAGGUGAUGAAAGAGGCCACAUCAAAUUCUAUGAUGAAAACUUCAAGGUCAUUAGCUGCUUAACUGACUUCAAUUUGGACCCCAUCACAUCCAUUUCCCUGUCUAAGGAAAUUCCUACCUUUAGCGGUAUUGCAAAUACAGAAGACUGCGUCUUGAAUACCGAACCGUUUGUCAGUAGAAAUCUUGUCCUGUCUACUGUCAGUGCAGCUGUGGUGCAUGUCAAUGCACAAAGUAGAAGUGCUCAGACUAUAAUAAAAGAACAUGCUGAGCCUCUGAAUGCAGUAGCUUGUCACCCUCAGCAUCCACUUGUAGCUAUGGGCAGCUAUAGUGGCAUCCUGAAAGUCUGGGACCUCCGGCACAAAGUGACUGUAUGCAGCAAAAUAUUCCAAACAGAUGAGCAGAUCCACUGUAUUACCUACGAUCCUCAAGGCCUUUACCUGGCUGUCGGCUUUGUCAGUGGUGUUGUGAAAGUUAUGGAUCCCUGCACUUUAGAGGAAGAAGUAGAGGGAGGCUUUAAGUACAGUCAUGACUGCAUUACCAAUCUCGCUUUCUCCCACAACUCCUCUUACCUGGCCGCUGCGGAUGCUGGGAAAGCUGUGAUGGUGUUUCACAUAUGUAAGGAAGGCAUGCAGUAUGUGUGGCAGUACCUUGGGAAACAUCGCUCUCACUACAAGCCCAUUCAGGAUCUGCUGUUUGGGGUGUACCUGGACAGCACAGAGCCACGUCUGCUCUCCUUAGGCAUGGAUCGCAGACUAGUUGAGUACGACCUGCAGAACAGCAGAAAGGACGAGUUGUUGAUCCUCAGCUCAGAACGCAUUGAGCAAAGUGCCGUGCCAACGUGCAUGGCCUGGUAUCCACCUUUAACCACAGAGAACUUCUUACUUAUCGCAUCUGACCUGAACAAACUGAAACUACUCAAUGUCACCACGAAGAUGUGCAGAAAAACUCUUCUUGGCCCCACAUAUGGUUCACCUGUAAAAAAGAUGAUAAUGCUGCCAUCCUGUAAAGAUGGGAAUCCUAAGUCACAUUACAUGGCUUAUAUAACACAGGACAAGGUUGGGGUUCAGAUUCUGCCUCUUGACGGGAACCCACACAAGUCCUCAGCACUGAUAUGCCACUCUUUAGGGGUCUCACAUCUGGCUUGUUCUCAUGAUGGAAAAUAUAUUUUCACUGCUGGUGGCAGUGACAGGACUGUCUUCUCAUGGGAGAUCAGCCAUCCUGCAUUAGAGGCAGCAGCGGCUUUGGGAGGAAAAGACCUGAUUCCCUUUUACACCCUUUUAGAAGGAGGCCGAGAUGGAGAGCUUUUUAAGGCCAUAAAGGAUUUAUUUUAUUACUGUCAGUUGCGCAGUCAGAACAUUGACUCGAUGGAAACCAGACAAGUAUCCACUAGUAUCCCUCUUUCUGAAGUUCCAUAUCUUAUCAGAGCACUUGGCUUCUACCCAACAGAGCAAGAGUUGGAAGACAUGCAAAAUGAGGUGAAAUUCAGUCGUUAUGCAGAGACAGGAAAGUAUGUAUCUGACAUUGACCUGGAGGAGUUUGUUAAGUUGUAUCUUAACCACCGGCUACCCUGUGGAAUCUCCAAGUAUGACCUCUACAAGGCUUUCCAGGUGUUGGGCGUGCCAGAUGAAAACGGCAAACCGGUUAUCACCCGAGAAGAGCUCCUAGAGUUACUCCAAGCCAGAGGUGAGCACAUGACUGAAGAGGAGCUGGCAGAAUGCUUCACAAACCUGUUGGGGUUCAGUGUGGAAGAACAGACACCUGACUCUGAGCUACUGCUGGAAAGCAACUUACCCCCAAACAUCACCAUGGACACGUUUGCCACAGACAUCCUGCGAUUCCCAUCCCAUGAGUGCUUCUGAGCUCCCUCAGAAGUACUCAUGGGAAUACUGUAUGGAAUACUGUGGUAGUUAGAGGAUGAAGCCCACCAAAAUAUCUCAUUUUCUUUUAUUGUCUUAUAUUGGAUGAUCCUGUUGUAAAUGUAAAUCAUUUGAUUAGGAGAAAGGUUUAUAGGAAAUUCCAUAUAAAUGAGAAAGGAAUAAAAUACAGCAGGGAAAUAUUAUACCAUUGAUUAUAUUGGUGUUUUUUCCUCUUAUAGCACAGUACACAUUACAUUAAAUGCAAAUACUCAUUAAUGUGAGUGCAAAAUAUACAAUAAAUACUCACAAACUAGACAGGAGAACACACCAACAUUGUGUCAACAAAUUAUAUUUAAACAUCUUAUAGCAGCAUGACCAGUAAUAACAAACAUGUCUUACAGCAGCAUUAUAGCCUUGUCUGUGAAACGAUGGUGUAGUUUUAAACGUACAAUGGUGUGGUGUUGGGAUGGGAUUCUUUUAGUUCACGUGUACAGCAGUGUUCCGAGUAAUCGUCACUUCCUGUUAUCACUCACAGUGUAGCAACAAUAAAGUUGUUCCCUCGCCA